AUGGUUUCCAUCGCCAUCCCCCAGUUCUACCGCUCCUGUCUCUUCCAGAUUAUCAUCGUUGGUCUUGUUGCCUUCUGUGAGCCUGGAAUAUGGACAGCACUAAAUAAUCUCGGCGCUGGUGGCCAAGCUACACCAUGGCUCAACAACGCAGCUAAUGCAUUAACAUACGGAAUAAUGAGUUUCGGCUGCACAAUCGCAGGAGGAAUAUCAAACAAGAUUUCUGCAAAAUGGACUCUAGUCAUCGGAGCUGCAUUUUAUACACCCUACGCCGCUGGCCUCUACUGCAAUAACCGCUAUGGAAAUGAGUGGUUUAUGCUUUUGGGAGCAGUGCUUUGUGGGAUUGGUGCUUCGUUACUUUGGGCUAGCGAGGCGGCGAUUGCAGUUGGCUAUCCUGAAGAGUCGAAGAGAGGACGAUAUGUAGGCAUUUGGAUGUGCAUUCGACAACUAGGACCACUAGUUGGAGGAGCAAUCUCCCUUGCGCUCAACGUGAAGACGACACAUGCUGGUAAGGUAUCUUACAACACUUAUUUGGGUCUGAUUGCCAUUUCGUCUCUUGGUGCUCCAUUUGCUCUGCUGCUUUCCCAACCGGAUAAAGUUGUGAGGAGCGACGGCACGAAGAUACCGUAUAUGAAACAAACAAGCAUUAGUAUCGAGGCAAGAGCUCUUUGGAAACAGAUGAAGAGUCGGAGGAUUUUGUUAUUGAUCCCCGUAUUUAUUGCCGGCCAAUGGGGUGUGACAUACCAGGGUAAUUAUCUUACAGGAUACUUCACUGUUCGAGCUCGAGCAUUGGCAUCCCUUCUAACAGCCAUCGUCGGGUUCGCUGGAAACAUCCUCACUGGUAUCAUUCUCGACCUGAACCUUGCGAAGCCAAAGUGGGUAUACGUCGUCAUUGCAUUUUUCAUCACGGCAUCCUGGGCCUGGAUAGCUGCUGUUCAAGCGGAAUUCUCAUCCAAAUCCGAAGCACCGACUCUGGACAUCGGCUCUGGAAAGAUUUUCAACUCCGCCUUCGUCGUAUAUUUACUCUUCAAAUUCUUCUAUGAGAUGCUCCAAACUUAUCUUUAUUGGCUGAUGGGCGAGACUGGUGCGGAGCAGAAGGCCGGCGAUAUUUCAAGAACGACUGGGAUAUUGAGGUCUUGGGAGUCUGUUGGGAGUACCUUUGCUUAUGUGGUGGGGGCUACACAUUGGUCUAAUCUGAACUCGAUGAUAUUGGCUUUUGUUCUGUGGGCAGUGACUGUGCCGUUUACAUUAAUCGCUGUGUUUGGGGUCUGGGAUAAGACUGCGGAAGUUGGUGGUGAGGGAGAGGGAAAUAAGAGUUCGAGUAGCUUGGAGGAAGAAACUGUUAUUUGGUGA